UUUUUGUUUGAAAAUCAUCAUUCACAGAAAAAAAAAUAUCAACCACGAUUUAAAACGCAUUAAUCACUGCUACGAUUUUUUUUCUAUUCAUCGUUAUUUGAACUGCCUGAUUAAUUCAAGACUCGAAAAUGUUGUCAAUUCCACGAAACUGUUUCUGGGACGAUGAAGACAUUCUUUCGCUACAUCCGUAUACUCAUCGUUCCUGUCCUCGAACAUACAUGAUGCCGGCAUUGGAUCGUUUUCUUACUUUGGAUGAAAUGGUUUCCGAACCAUCGACGAUGAUCAAAAAUAAUAAAUUUCAAGCUGAUUUGGAUCUCCGUAAUUUUGAUCCCAAUGGUAUUCACGUGAAAUUAGAUGGUAACAUUUUGCAAGUGGAUGCCAAACAAGAAAAAAAAGGUGAUGGUCAUUAUGAAUUCCGUGAAUUUGUACGUAAGAUUACUAUUCCCGAAGAAGUGGCCGAAGAUCAAUUGAAAUGUAAACUUGACAAGAAUGGCCGUCUUCGUAUCGAAGGACCAUUGAAAAAACAGCUGGAAAUCGAAGAAAAAGGACGUAACAUCCCGAUCGAGAUGGUUAACCAGAAGAAAUGAAUUUGAUUACUUUGAUUACUUUCAAACAUUUUUUUUUAUAUAUCUAACAUUUGUAUCUCAUUUCUAUUCUUCAGUAUAACACAUUGAUUGAUUUUGAUCAUUCAUUUCGUUUGAAUAAAAAAUUUGUUUUAUUUAAUA